CUCUGGAUUUGCUUCCCCCUGUACAGCAUCCAGCACUCUGUGUUGAAAGCCAAAUCCCUGGAAGAAGAACUAGAGGAAGCAAGAAACAGCCUAAACAUGUCAGAAGAGAAAAGAGAGCAGAUUCUUUGGCACAACAGACAGCUAGAAAAAGAAAAUCAGUCUCUCAACAUCAAAGUUACUUCUCUCCAGGAAGAGAUUAUUAGGAAUAGCAUGGACACCAACGGGCUGCAAAAGAAGAUUUUGGAGCUGUCUAAAAAUGCAGCACAGCUUCAAAUCCAAACCCAUAUCUAUGAGAGCACUGUGGUGAAUAAAGAGGCAAGCCUAAUCCAGAAGGAGCAGGACAUCAAGGAACUCAAGUUAACCAUUGUGGAGUGUUCCUCGAUCAUAGAGACACUGAGGGCUGAAAAAAAUAAACUGCUGGAGAACAUCCAACAUAUGCAGCAAGAGCUGAUCUCGAAUGGGUUGAGUUUCCCAUUGUUGUAUAAAUUUAACAGCAAUAUUCCUGAAGGGAUGAGUACACUGCACUGUGAACUGGAGCUUGCAGAGUCUUCUGAGAUUAUCAGGACUGAAGAGACAUCCCAGGAUGAAACACUGGACCGUGAAGUCCUGCUUUUGCUUCAGGGGUCUGAAUAUGCAGGAGAAAAAUUCAAGACCAUCAUGAAAAACCUGCAAGAGGAAGCCUCUGAAGCAGAGGAGCUUGUCAUGGCUUCAUUAGAAUGGGUAAAAGAUCCCAAUGAGGACAUGCAACAGGACUGGGAAAGAAAACUUGUGGCCCUCAAGCAAGAACUAGGAGAAAAAAGAAAUCUUUGGACCCAGAAACUCCAGCUUUUGGAAAAAUGCAAUGAGUCCUUAGACAAGGAUUUUAUUCGAGUGGCAGGCAACCUGCGGAGAACCAAGACAGAACAACUUCACCUAAGGAAAGAGCUCUCUGCUAGCCAGCACAAGAUGGAAACUGCCAAACAGCUACAAGAAGAAUUUGCCGGCCAGGCAGAAGCCCUGUGUUUAGAACUGCAAAAAGCCACCAAACAGCUGGAGGAUGCCAGCAAGCACGCAGAGGAUCAAGUUGAAGCACUUCACUCUGCUCGUGAAGAAGCAGCAUCCUUGAAGAGCAAGUUGGAGGAAGCCAUUUCUGAGCAGCAGAAGCUCAGGGAUGUGAAUGCAGCUUUAGCAAGCACUUGCCAAUUGCUUCAGGAGAAGGUGGAAGACCACAAAACAACUGCUAAUGGCCUGAGAUGGAAACUGCUGCAGAGGCAUCUCUGUGAAUUGCUGUGCCAGUGCUGUGCAGAGUUAGAAUCUGACCAUGCUCUGCUGCCCACGUUAACUGAACACAUAAAAGGGAAGCAGCUCCCUUGCUCCAAACGACCAUGGAAUGAAGGACCCACCUCAUACUCUGACUUACCCUGGGCACUGCCCUUGGGUGCUUCACAUUGGCACAACUCCCCUCUGCUAGAUGCUCUGACCUUGGAGACCUCCUGCCCAAAUAACCCUCCUGGGCAUAGUUGCGACCAGCCUUGCAGGCAGAGCUCUGGCAGCUACUCCUUGGAGAGGUAUGAUGUGGGACACAUGUCCAGCUCAGAUGUGACAACAGGAGAAUGCAGGUGGAAAAUAUGCUCUGCUGAUGACUACACUGAUGCAUACCUUCCUGUUUCCAUUACAAUGAUGGACUCUUCACUUGCUGAGACUGACCGUGAGGAGUCAACACCAGCAGCCACACUGAUUGCAUCCAGUGAUCACUUAACAUUAGCCCGAGAAGCUCUUGCAUCCUCAGUGGAAAGCACGGCACCAGUACUGGGCUCCCUUGUUAUGGAGGAAAGCUCAUCCAAGGGCUUACAUGAGAGAGGGGAAGAUGUGCCAACUUCUGCAGCUACAGAGACAAGCAGCAAUAAGGACCCAGCUGCUCCCAUGUCAGGACCAAGUCAGAUCAAGAGGGAAUCCUCCCCGGCCAUGGAAGAAAACGAGCCUGUGUUUCAAAAUGUUUUGAAGCAAGACCCGGAAGUGGACCAGGAAAAGAAAAAUAAUAAAGAGUGGAGUGAGGAAGCACCAGCUGUGGUUCCCAGCAGGAAAGGGAGUUCACCCACUACAGGUAGCAUUAAAGGAGAUAAAACCAAGCAAAAUGAGCUUGACUCUCCAAAUGAGAAAGAAGUGGAGGCUGAAUUUCUGAGGCUGUCUUUAGGUUUUAAGUGUGACUUGUUUACCUUGGACAAAAGAGUAAAGCUUGAAGAGAGGUCCCGAGACUUGGCUGAAGAAAACUUGAAAAAGGAGAUCACAAAUGCUGUGAAUAUGUUAGAGGCAUUAGUUCCUUUGUGUGAAGAAGAUAACCAGGCACAGGAGAUCAUUAAGAAGCUGCAGAAAAGCCUGCAGUUCCUUAGCCAAUAUGCAGCUCGAGUUGCCAGCAGAGCAGAGAUGUUGGGAGCUAUUAAUCAGGAGAGCCGGGUGAGCAAGGCUGUGGAGGUGAUGAUCCAGCACGUGGAGAACCUGAAGCGCAUGUACGCCAAAGAACACGCCGAGCUCGAGGAGCUCAAGCAGGUCCUGCUCCAGAAUGAGAGGUCCUUCAGCUCCCUUGGAGACAGAGAUGAAUCUAUGAAUAAGAAGCUACCAGGUCCUUUUAACUUUAAGCCCUCGUCAGCUCUGCGGAGAGUUAGCAUUGCAACAGUGCCCAGGAGUGCUGGGAAUGCAGGGAUUGGGGUGCCACUGGCCCAGUUCCAUGAACCUGAUGGGGAUGAACGGAGUGACAGAUUCAGCAGGAGAUCAAGCAGUUGGGGCAGGCUAGGGGUGAAGCAGAACGAGAAGCGUCCUUCGCUGCAGAGGUUCCUCAGCACCUAUUCCUGGGCAGAGUAUGAAGAGGAGCCUUUUGAAACCAAGAAUGAGCAGUUGGAAUCACCUGCUGAAGUACAACAACCAACUAGGAAGGAAAGUGUCUCUGAAAAAGGAAAAUACCCACCCAAAUGGACCCGUGAGUCAAUGUACAAUUCGAUGUCAGCGUGGGCGUCCCACUUCAAGGCUUCCUUUUGCAACGCCAACAAAACCCUCUGGGUGUCCGUGUCCAUCCUGAUCCUGCUGGCUGCUCUCACGAGCUUCCUGACGGGGCUGUCCCUGCAGAGGCCAGCAGAUGCAGCCCCUGUGGGCACUGGGGACUCCUGGAGGUCGCUGCAGCAGCUGCUGUGGCCCUACACAGGACUGCACCACCACGGCCCUCCCCCGGUAUAACCCCGGUUCUCCUGCCAGGGCUGCGCUGCCACGCCCUGCAGGACAGGGGCUGAAGCUGGUGUAAAGGUUACUUGUCUGGAUUUGUUUUGUUGGGCUGUGGGUAUUUUUGGGGGGGGAAAUGAAGGUGUUUUUUUUUUCUUUAAAGCAUGACUUGAAAUGAAAAAAAAGUAUUUUCCCUGAUCAUCUUUAAAAGUAGCUAAAAGGGUCUCAGUUCUACUGAGGUUUACAAUAGAAUAGCAAUUUUGAACGUAGCUAACAGUAAACAUGUCUAGGUGGUCUAGCCACAAUUGAAUAAAGAAUGUAUUUUGCUUGAACAAAGAUAAAAUGUUUGCAUUUUAGAACCUGUUUUAAUGUUUUGAAUAGAAAAGGAUUUAAGACUUGAAAUGUAACUUUAUUAAAAGCUUUUGAUAAUAAAGUUUUGAAGGAAAGCA